UGGCUGGAUGGUGCUGACGUAGCAACGGUCCGGAAGAUGUCGCUCGGGCCAGUCCGAAAAAACUUCCGCCUUAAGUUGUAAAGAAAACACAGCAGCUAAAAGGCGAUCGACGGCGCAGCCAGAGCCCUAACGAAGUCAGACCAAAGGCAUUUUUCACUCUGGGCCUUGGGUGAUUUUCAGAGUGUGCGUGAGUGUGAGUGUGUGUGUGUAUGUGUGAGUGUGUGUGAGCUGCAAUUUCCUCCUCACCACUUUAACAAGAGCUGCUCAUCCCUGGAGGAUGACAAUGGAGGAGAUGAAGAAUGAAGCGGAGACAAACUCCAUGGUAUCCAUGACGCUGUAUGCCGUGAUGUACCCAGUUUUCAAUGAGCUGGAGAGGAUCAACCUAUCAGCAGCUCAGACGCUCAGAGCAGCCUUCAUAAAGGCGGAAAGGGAGAAUCCUGGUCUGACACAGGACAUCAUAAUGAAGAUCUUGGAGAAAAAGAACGUCCAAAUCAACUUCACUGAAUCCCUACUUCGCAUGGCAGCAGAUGAUGUGGAAGAGUUCAUGAUCGAUCGGCCCGACCAGGAGUUCGUGGACCUAAACGAUAAGGCCAGAGCUCUGAAACACAUCCUUAGCAAAAUCCCAGAUGAGAUCAAUGACAGAGUACGCUUCCUACAAACUAUCAAAGACAUCGCCAGCGCCAUAAAAGAGCUCCUGGACACAGUCAACAAUGUCAUUAAAAAAUAUCAGUACCAGAAUCGCAGAGCCCUGGAGCACCAGAAAAAGGAGUUUGUGAAAUACUCCAAAAGUUUCAGUGACACCCUCAAAACAUACUUCAAAGACGGAAAGGCAAUAAAUGUCUUCAUUAGUGCAAACCGGCUCAUCCACCAAACCAACCUCAUACUGCAGACCUUCAAAACCGUGGUUUAGCCUGCCGAGGCCCCGGAGCCCCCCCUCCCCCCUCUUCCCCUUCCCUCGGGAGGGGAAGCGCCUGCUAGCGUGGCGGAAGCUUGAAGAGCGCCUCACCCGUUUAUGUAAAUUAGAGUUGAUUUUAGGGUCGGGGUCGAUGUCAUUGGAGUCGAGAGUCUAGAUUCCAGUUCAAGAGACUGAAAAGUGCCAUUAGUUUUCUCAAUGAGGAUUUUCCAGUCUUGAAGUGGAACUGAACGGGCCCGAAAUCUUGUUUAAUUGAUUUUAUUUGGACAGUUUUAAUUUAUAACCCUGGUUGUCAGGUGAUGAGGCGAGGUGUUUAUUAAAGACUAAUUGCCAUUUUUCUAAUAUAUUCAUGUUGAUCAUUUUACUUUUAGCUUUUCAGUUAUGACGACACAUCUGAGACCACAUUCAGAAGGGGUGAGUCUCGGUUGUCCAUGCCCGUUUUCUCUUCUCGCUUCCCACUUGUGUCAUUUUUUGUUUGUUUUUUUUUUUUUUUCUCGCCACGGCGUGUUAAGCCCAAGGUGGACUAAAUCACCUGCGGGGUGAACCGGUUGCGAGGAGAGGAAGCGGCGUUGGACACUUGAGAGGCAGACUCAGAUUUUGUCUCGCUUUAUUAUCAGAAGACAGAAAGCCAAAUUACUUCCAGCACAGCGUGCGCCUUACAAAGUCCUGUAACAUUCCCUCCUUUCUGAGUGUAAUGAAGUGGAACCAGUCCCUGCUGUUUGGGGAUGUUAAGAGAGAAAUGAAAGUUCUGUAUUUAACUGAUAUCUGGUUUCAAAUGUUCAAUAAAUAGUUUCAAAAUGA